UGAAGCCAAGAAGUAGAGGCAUUUUCUUCCAGCAAUGAACUCGUCUCACCUGACUUUAUUGGAUCUUACCCUGAACGCCUCGGAGGACAACAUUUUAGGACCAAAUGUCAAGAACAAGUCUUCAGCUUGUGAAGACGUGGACAUUGCGGUGGAGGUGUUUUUGACUCUGGGUCUCAUCAGCCUCUUAGAGAACAUCCUGGUCAUUGGGGCCAUAGUGAAGAACAAAAACCUGCACUCACCGAUGUACUUCUUUGUGGGCAGCUUAGCAGUGGCCGAUAUGCUAGUGAGCAUGUCCAAUGCCUGGGAGACCAUCACCAUAUACUUGCUAAACAAUAAACACCUGGUGAUAGCCGACACCUUUGUGCGUCACAUCGACAACGUGUUUGACUCCAUGAUCUGCAUUUCUGUCGUGGCCUCCAUGUGCAGUUUGUUGGCCAUCGCGGUGGACAGGUACAUCACCAUCUUCUAUGCCUUGCGCUACCACCAUAUCAUGACAGCGAGGCGCUCGGGGGUGAUCAUCGCCUGCAUCUGGACCUUUUGCAUAAGCUGCGGUAUCGUUUUCAUCAUUUACUAUGAAUCCAAGUACGUCAUCAUUUGCCUCAUCUCCAUGUUCUUCACCAUGCUGUUCUUCAUGGUGUCUCUGUAUAUACACAUGUUCCUCCUGGCCCGGAACCACGUCAAGCGGAUAGCAGCUUCCCCCAGAUACAACUCUGUGAGGCAAAGGACCAGCAUGAAGGGUGCCAUCACCCUCACCAUACUCCUGGGGAUUUUCAUUGUCUGCUGGUCUCCCUUCUUCCUUCACCUUAUCUUAAUGAUCUCGUGCCCUCAGAAUGUCUAUUGCUCUUGCUUUAUGUCUUACUUCAACAUGUACCUUAUACUCAUCAUGUGCAAUUCUGUGAUCGAUCCUCUCAUCUAUGCCCUCCGCAGCCAAGAGAUGCGGAGGACCUUUAAGGAGAUCAUCUGUUGUCACGGAUUCAGGCGAACGUGUGGGCUCUUUGGCGGGUAUUAAACACCAGC